UUCAACGGAUUAUGAUAGAAAGAUGUGAAUGUCUGGAUUAUGGUCACGUUGUAUUCUGUUCUCCUGGAUCAAGUUUCACUUCUCUUUAACUCCCAAGAAGGAAAGACACCCAAAAUUUUUAGCAAGAUAUUGCCAAACAGUAGGAUUUGGCCUCUGGAUACUAGUACAAUACAGAAAAUUUUGGUUACCGAUUUAUGGCAAACUUCUACCGAACAUUCAAACUCCCGAAGCCAUAGCUUUACACCGUUCUUGUGCAGAAAAAGUCAAAGAGUUUUGUAAAAGCAAAGGUGGUUUAUUUAUAAAGCUUGGACAAUAUACUGGAUCGUUACAAAAUGUUUUACCAAAGGAGUAUCUUCAGGAGUUGUCUACGCUUCAAGACCAGGCGGAAGAGGUCCCUAUCCAAGACCUUUUGCAAGUUAUUAAAACAGAUUUGGGUUCUUUUUACGGUUUGAUUACAAAUAUAUCAGAAAAACCUAUUGGUUGUGCGUCUAUUGCACAAGUACACACGGCACACAUAGCAAUGUCUUCUACUAUUGUUGCUAUAAAGGUUCAGAAGCCAAAUACUCGACUACAAUUUGCUCAGGACUUGAGAAUUCUUCAGUUGAUCAUAUCUAUGUAUCAAACUUUAAAAGGUGGAUAUGAACCUGUCAUUUGGAAUACAUUUAUUGAAUUUACUCGAGAAAUACAAGGAGAAAUGAAUUUCGUGACCGAGAUAGCAAACAAUAGAAAGCUUGCUCAAUGUUUUCGAGGUAGUUCUCAUAUUUGUGUGCCAGAGAUUUUCCCAAAUUUAUGUUCUAGACGAGUCAUUACGAUGGAGUACAUCGACGGGAUAAAAAUUGACGAGUGUUUAUCUUUCAAUAGGGAGACUCGAUUCCGUAUCGCUCGAACUUUACAUGAAGCAUUCGCUAGGAUGAUAUUUCAACAAAGAUUUAUUCACAUGGAUCCACAUCCAGGAAAUAUCAUUCUACAGUGGCCACAAGACAAGCGACGCUUUCGUAUGGUAUUAAUUGAUACUGGAAAAUGUAGCUCUAUUGACAUUGAUUUCACCGAAAAAUUUGCAAAUUUUCUCACUGCUGUUAUCUUAAGAGAUACACAAAGGUUCUCAACUUUCUCAAAUACGAUAGAUAACAUUGACCGUGGAGACUUAUUGGCUUCUUUGUUCCUUGGUAGAAAAAUGGCUCGACGUUGGUUACUUGUUGAUGACUCAGAUGAAAGCAGGCACAAGUAUUCUGUACAAGAGUACAUUCACAUACUGACUUGUAUACAUCCUCAGUGGUAUACUGUUUUACGGCCCCUUCUUGUGAUUCGAGGUAUUUCUCGAAAACUUGGAUAUCCCAAGGAUAUCUCAACUAUAUACGAGCCCUUUUCCACGCAACUUUUAGUUAAAGCGUGGUCAAAAACCUUGUAUACAUAUUUUCUGAGGUACUCUGGAGUAAGAAACAGUGCAUCUUAGAGUUACUGGAAACAACGACAAUCCAACUAGUUCAUCACCGUAUUGACUAAAGCAAAAUUCUAACCCUAGAAGAAAAAUUUGGCUUGAGCAAGAAAGGUAUACAAUAAGUGCUCCUGUAAAGUUUCUGGUCAGAGCAUAUUUUCCAGUUUCAGCAGCAAUAUCUCUGUCCGCCCGUCUGGAACGCCUCAUCCUUCUCAGAGGUUGCAACAAAUACAAACACUCACCUGCAUGGUUUGAAACCUAAGGCCAUCGAGGCCUACGAAGACAGUUUAGUAAUCUAGAGAAAAAGUGUGACGUAUCACAGAAGAGUGCGCUCAGACAAGUCUGAAAAGAAAUCAUAGGAAAACUCAAAGGCCAUGGAUGAAAAACGUCAUCAUAACGCAAAACUCAACCGUGACAAAGUUCAAGAUUGAUAUACCAAGUCACUUACCUUCAGCGCUGUGUCUGUGGUUGUUACGUACCACAUCGAACUUGGUAAUAGCCAAAACAGUUAUUUGCCUCAAGGCGAAAAAAUGCUAAUUGAGAAAUUGGCGCCAUGAAAACUUGCUUUAAUCUGUCACAUCAUGUGGUUUCGAACUUCUCGUUUGUCGUGAAUGAU